GAAGCUACGGGCGUUACACUCACCACUCCACUCCACGCUCCUCGGUUCCCCCGCUGCGGAGAAGACAGAUAGCAGCGCCGCCGACCUCGCUCCCCUCCCCGCCCCGCCCCGCCCCGCCGUUGGAGAAGCUGGGGGCUGCCGCGGCACCUCCAAGGCUUCCGCUCGCUCCCAUCUCAUCUGGAGUGGAGAGGGCUGGAGGGGAUACAUUCAGCUUCAGAUAGCACCCAGAUGCCAGCGGAUUUGCUUGGAUUGUUCUACGAUUGGGGUUUAGCGGCGGCACCACCAUGUCCAUUCCUUGCCCCCGCAUGGGAGAAUAGUAUCAGGGGAACUUUAUAUGUUGCCUGCCCAAAUCCCUUUGCCUUUGUUGAUACGUCUGGUUAAAUACAGAAUUGGAGUACUAGUUACUGACAUGCCAUAAAAUAUUGACAGUGCCUUGCCAUACAUCAUUUUUUCACUGCUGUUGAGACCUGAAUAAGCAUGCUGGUCAAAUGGAGCACCUUCGCAUCCUGCCCCCUCGAUGCUUUUCGCCCGUUCAUCAUAGUGCUGUUGGCGGCUGCGUACAUCCAUGUGCCAGCCACUGCUAUUGUUGCUGUUCCAAGUUCUCAUUGUUAUACCUUCGACAGUGAUAGCCACCUUGUUGACUUCACACACCUGUCCGGGAAGAAUUUUGAAUACAACGAGGAGGGCUCAGUAACUUCUGACUUGGUUGUCCAGUUAUGCAAAGAUGUUCAGAGAAGGUCUCAGGCGGGUGGUUUCAUUGAUUUUGGCCGCUUUACCAAUCAUCGCUCUUUUGAGACUGGUUCAAAGCCGGUUGACUACAUCCAGAGAUUUCACAAUGGUGAUUUAGCGAAAUGUGAAACUACGUUUGAAGAGAUGGGCCGUACUGCACAGGUCAACAUUAUGUGUGGACGAUGCUCAAAUAAAGUAUGCAAAGAUGAACAUGGAUGCAUUUGCAGCGUAUCCUAUGAUGAAAGGAUGUGCAGGACGGUUGUUGAGCUAGCCAUUCCUUGUCCUAAAAGAGGCCCAAGAGUUUUUAAGGGUUUCACUGUGGGCUUCCACCCCCGGUCAUCCGAAGUGGUUUACAAUGGAUUGACUCAACUGGGAUUCGAACAACUUCAUCAUGGGUUUAGCUUUCCAAGUGAGCAGAUUCACGUGUCUUUAUAUCUUAGCGCCAUGUCUUCUCUCGCAGACCUAGUUGGAAAACCUACCUUCAGGGUUAAUCCGAUGAAAGGGCUUGAUGUUAUGCUUACAGGAUCAGGGGCCAAUGGUGCCGUGCCUACUGCCCUGUCUCCAACAGUUCUGAAUGUGAAUUGGAUAUGUGAAAUCAUUCGAAGCAAUCCAUAUGUGGUGAAUGUUUCAAUCCCAGUGGCGGGCUACGAUCCAAUCGAAUUCACGCUUACCAAAGAAUGUGGUUACACACAAGAAAAAGAGAGUGAUUCUAUGAGAGGGUGGGCAACAUUUGGAAUCAUCUCUUGCAUAUUCAUUGUCUUUUCGAGCCUACUUUGUUGUGGGGGGUUCAUCUACAGAAGUCGUGUAGAGCAUCAGGAUGGUUUACAUGCACUGCCUGGGAUGACUACCGUGUCUGCCUUUCUGGAUGCUGUUGGAAGACCAAGAGGCUACCUCAGAGCAGGUGAUCCUAGUGGAAAUCAUUCAAGCCAAGUAUCGUGGGAGAACACUUCUGUUACCACACCAGCAGCACAGAGGACAAAUGAUGGAAGAUAUGGGACAAUAUGAGCCAUGCUUAGUUUUGUGGAAUUUGUCUUGUAGGUGUGCUAUUUCUGGGUCUUUUCCGGUCCACAAAACCUGAUCUGAAUUAAGAAGGCCUCUUCCCUCCACUAUCAACUUGUAAUAGCUGUUGUCGAAUUUCGGAGGGCUGGCAAAGUCUAGCGGGCUGAUGUUGUUAUCACCUCCGGUGCGUGGGCAGACUGAUGCCAGUUUGUGAUAGAACCUUUUCUCCAGUGUCAUGUCCGGUUUGUUAUCUCUAUGCUGAUUGUAGAGCCGUUGUUUGAAACUAACACAUCUGGCCAUUCCAAUGGUGUGGCUACCUGUUGGAAUGCAGCAAGAUGGAAGGUGUCAUUGAUAUGAGAAUAUGCUGACCCGAUACUUGGCCAGCGGUAUCAAGUAUUUUUGUGGUGUUAAAUUUGAAGUUGCACUGCUGGUUUCAAGGCCUGCAACGCUGAUCUAACUGGAACACCUAAUAUGAUUAUAUGAUCUACUUUUAUGUUG